CUUUAACACGCGUGCAAUUUUGUGCGAUAAAUAUUUUAGAGAUUAUUUAUUUUUCUACUAAAAAUGGCACCGAAAAAAGGAAAGAAGCGCGAUGAUGACUUCCCCGACGACUCUGAGGACGAAAAACAAGUCGUCAGUAAAUCCAAGGGCGGCAAAAAGGGCAAAUCCGAGGAGAAAGUUGCUGCGCCUGCCAAAAAGUCAAAAAAAGGUAAACGAGGACAAGAAUCAAGCGACGAGGAUGAAGAAAUCGCAAAACCCACACAAACGCCCGAAGAAUCGAAACCUGCAGCGAAACAACAACCCAAAGGCGGAAAGCAAAAAGGAAAGAAAGGCAAAAAAGGUGACGACUUUUCGGAUGACGACGAUGAGAAAGUUGUUGAUAUGUUAGCAGCUGCCGAAAGCGACGAAGAAUUCAAAAAACCCCAACCGAAAGGCAAACAAAAGGGUAAAAAGAACAAGAAAAAAGAAGAUUUCUCCGACGACGACGAAGAUUUAGCUGAUGAACCUGAACCAGUUGUUGAAAAAGAGCCCGAAUCGAAACCCGCACAAAAGAAAAAAGGCAAAAAGAAGAAGGAUGAAUUCGAUGAGGACGAACUUUUGGCGGAAAUGGAACAAGAAACUGUCGAUCAAGGCGGAUUUGUGAAGGAAGACACGCCAAAGAUCGAAGAAACGCCCGAACCAGUGAAAACUAAGCAAAAAACGAAAGGCGGAAAGAAGGAAACUAAAGUUGAAAAGCCUCCAACGCCCGAGCCUGAAGAAAUAGAAGAACCAAAACCCGCUGAAGAAGAAGAAAUUGAAGAAGAACUUUCGGAAAAACUUGAUUCUGUGAAAAUUGAAGACAAACCCGAAAAAAAAUUAACUCACAAAGAGAAGAAAAAGCUAAAAGUCGAGAUGGAAAAGCAACGUUUGCUCGAAUUGGCGACGAAAAAAGGCGGUGAAGGUGCCUCCGAGCUAGAUUCCAACUUUACAAUGUCCCAAGCGCAAAAAACAACGGGACAAAAAGCAGCGAUGGAACAUGCUGUCGACAUAAAAAUCGAAAAUUUCACAAUUUCCGCGAAAGGAAAUGAUUUGUUCGUAAACGCGAAUUUGUUGAUAGCGCAAGGAAGACGUUAUGGUCUCGUUGGUCCCAAUGGACAUGGAAAAACGACACUUUUGCGACACAUUGCUGCACGUGCGUUUGCGAUUCCCGACAAUAUUGAUGUGCUGUUGUGCGAACAAGAAGUUGUUGCUGACGAAAAAUCCGCGGUAACGACAAUUUUGGAUGCAGAUGUGAAACGAACGAAGUUGAUGGCGGAAUGUAAAAAGUUGGAAGCGGAAGUUGAAGGCGGAGAUUUGUCGAAACAGGAUCGCCUGAGUGAAGUUUACACGGAAUUGAAGGCGAUUGGAGCGGAUGCUGCUGAAUCAAGAGCUCGUCGUAUCUUGGCAGGUUUGGGAUUUUCGAAAUCGAUGAUGGAUCGUCCCACAAACAGCUUUUCCGGAGGUUGGAGAAUGCGUGUGUCGCUUGCACGAGCUUUGUACAUCGAACCGACGUUGUUGCUGCUUGACGAACCGACAAAUCACUUGGAUUUGAAUGCCGUCAUUUGGUUGGAUAAUUAUUUGCAGGGAUGGAAAAAGACGUUGUUGAUUGUUUCUCACGACCAGAGUUUCUUGGAUAACGUUUGCAAUGAAAUUAUUCAUCUGGAUAACAAAAAACUCUAUUAUUACAAGGGCAACUACACGAUGUUCAAGAAGAUGCACGUGCAAAAGCGUCGCGAGAUGAUCAAGGAAUACGAGAAGCAGGAAAAACGUUUGAAGGAGCUCAAAGGUCGCGGGCAAUCCACAAAAGCAGCAGAAAAGAAGCAAAAAGAAUCGCUGACACGCAAACAGGACAAAAAUAAAUCCAAGGCACAGAAAAAUAACGAUGAAGAAGACGGUCCAACGGAGUUGCUGUCAAAACCGAAAGACUAUAUCGUGAAAUUCCGCUUCCCUGAAGUGUCGCAACUUCAACCGCCAAUUCUCGGAUUGCAUAAUGUGCACUUUGCCUUCCCCGGGCAAAAGCCGUUGUUCAUUAAUUUGGAAUUUGGUAUCGAUUUGCAGUCACGUAUUGCCAUUGUGGGACCAAAUGGUGUCGGAAAGUCAACAUUUUUGAAGUUGUUGUGUGGCGAUUUGCAACCGCAGCAAGGAGAGCAGCGGAAAAAUCAUCGGUUGCACAUUGGUCGGUUUGAUCAGCAUUCGGGAGAGCAUUUAACGGCGGAAGAGUCUCCAGCGGAAUAUUUGCAACGUCUUUUUAAUUUGCCAUAUGAGAAGGCACGUAAGCAAUUGGGUACUUUUGGAUUGGCGAGUCAUGCACACACGAUUAAGAUGAAGGAUUUAUCGGGAGGACAAAAGGCGAGAGUUGCGUUGGCGGAAUUGUGCUUAGGAGCUCCUGAUGUUUUGAUUUUGGAUGAACCGACAAACAAUCUCGAUAUCGAGUCCAUUGACGCUCUCGCUGAGGCAAUUAACGAGUAUGAUGGCGGCGUAGUUAUCGUAAGUCACGACGAACGCUUGAUCCGUGAGACGGACUGCAACCUGUACGUGAUCGAGGAACAAACAAUCAACGAAAUCGAUGGCGGCUUCGACGAUUACCGGAAAGAAGUGUUGGAUAGUUUGGGUGAAGUCAUCAAUAAUCCAAGUGUGGUUGCCAAUAACGCCGUUUUACAAUAGAAAAUUCGUCGAUUUUCCUCUCGCGGGACUGUUUUUGUUAUGAAAAAAUAUAUUUUUGUUCAAAAUUUUUUCGCAACAUCUCAGAAAAUCAUCGUUUUUUGCUGUAUUU